AUGUUUAAUAUUAUAUUUUUCAUAAUUCUCCACGUCAGUAAAAUCGAUGCAACGACGACAUUUCCUUUGCAAUUGUGUGACAAAGAAAUAGGUUCGAUUGUUCGCCCAUCCGUACCGGUAACAGCGUGUGAAGAUGUCAAUAAAACAGUGUGCGAGGAAAUAUUUCAUAUACCUCCAUCGGUGCUUAAGAGUAACCUUGAUGAAACGCAAGAUUACGAAGUGAAUGAAAAAUGUUAUCUGAGGGGUCUUAUACAUUUUGCUGAAUCUAACUUUGAAACGACAGAUUUUUGCCAGAAUUUGUUAAAAUCAAACUCGUGUACGACUCCGGAUAAAAUUGCUAUAGCAAUUGCCAAAUGUCCACAAACAUGCGCAUUAUGUGAUCGAAAAGGUGCAGGCGGUAAAUGUCGAAAUAUAUUGCCAGAUAGGUUAUGCGAAUCGUCCGAUGCAGUUCUGGGCUGCCAUGAUUCACUUUUUCUGCAAAAGAAUUGCAUGGGAACGUGUGAACUAACGACAUGCUUAGAAGGAGAAGGGGCAAAGUUUCCGGCUGAAAUGACGACAACUCCGUCAGGACCAUGCGAGGAUACACGAAUAAACUGCAACGAUUAUUUCAAUGUCUGUCAUACUUAUCCAUUCUUGCCGAUUAUGAAGAUACAGUGUCGCUUAACAUGCGAUGGAUACGCAAGCAAUGUACAUUGUAUGAUGGUUCUUUCAUCUAAUAUAUAUUGGCAAACUGGGCUUUUCGGCGAUAAAGGACGAUAUAUAGAUUCAUGGAUUCACGAGAGAUGUGGACCUAUGAAAAAGGCUGUUAUAUAUACAGAAAGUUAA